GCUUGCGCCUAAGGGGCGUGGCGGUCGCACCUGCGCGAGUUGGGGGAAGGAGGAGGGGCGAGGUGACGCAGGCGUAAUAAUAGAGAAGGUGCCAGAAAGAUCCAAAACAAGUGGCUGCGGCCGUCGCCCGGGAGUCGUCAGACGCCGGAAUCCGGCCCUGGUUCAGAGCUUGUGCCGCCCCCCUCCCCCGGGUAUGGCGCUGUCCGGGUUGACCCCGGCUCCGAGCUGGGAGGAGGAUGAAUGCCUGGACUACUACGGGAUGCUGUCGCUACACCGUAUGUUCGAGGUGGUAGGCGGGCAGCUGACCGAGUGCGAGCUGGAGCUGUUGGCCUUCCUGCUCGACGAGGCCCCCGGUGCGGCCGGCGGUCUGGCCCGCGCGCGAAGCGGCCUGGAGCUGCUGCUGGAGCUGGAGCGCCGCGGGCAGUGCGACGAGAGCAACCUUCGGCUGCUGGGGCAGCUCCUGCGUGUGCUGGCGCGCCACGACCUGCUGCCGCAUCUGGCGCGCAAGAGGCGCCGGCCAGUGUCUCCGGAACGCUACAACUAUGGGACCUCCAGCUCUUCUUCCAAAAGGACUGAAGGCAGCCGCCGCCGCCGUCGGCAAUCAAGCAGUACUUCAGACGCCCAGCAGGGUCAGUGGGAGACAGGGAAGGGCCCUGAGGGGUCAUUUUGUCUCUACAGUCCUUUGCGGGUGGUGUUUAUUCUACAAAAGCACGUGUCCGGAAGCAACAUAUGGAAUGGCUCCCCACCGACCAAGCGGCAGCGGCGGAGUCGGGGCCGGCCCAGUGGUGGUGCCAGACGGCGGCGGAGAGGGGCUCCUGCCGCCCCCCAGCAGCCGCAGGAGCCAGCCAGACCUGCCUCAGAAGGCAAAGUGACCUGUGAUGGGGAAACUGAGGCUCAGAGAGACAUCCGGCUCAGGGUGCGAGCAGAGUACUGUGAGCACGGGCCUGCCUUGGAGCAGGGCGUGGCCUCCCGGCGGCCCCAGGCGCUGGCCCGGCAGCUGGACGUGUUUGGGCAGGCCACUGCGGUGCUGCGCUCCCGGGACCUGGGCUCCGUGGUGUGUGACAUCAAGUUCUCCGAGCUCUCCUAUCUGGACGCCUUCUGGGGCGACUACCUGAGUGGUGCCCUGCUGCAGGCCCUGCGGGGCGUGUUCCUGACUGAGGCCCUUCGUGAGGCCGUGGGCCGGGAGGCUGUCCGCCUGCUGGUCAGUGUGGACGAGGCCGACUAUGAGGCUGGCCGGCGCCGCCUGCUGCUGAUGGAGGAGGAGGGAGGACGGCGCCUGACUGAGGCCUCCUGAUCCUGGACCUGGCAGGACUGAACCCACCUCCUAGGCUCCGGGCCACUUGCUCCCCCAGAGGUCAUCCAUCUCCGCCCCUAGAGGACUGUCACUCCAGCAGCUCUGAGGACUGGGACAGAUGGCCUGGCCCCUUGACAGACUCUCCCACAGGAUGUGGGCUUUGAGGCCUAAACCACUUCCACCUGAGUUUCCUUCCCGGACGCCUCCCAACCCUACCCUCUGGUGUGUUCCCUCAGCUUCAGGAGGCCAGGGACUCAGGCAUGCAGAUCAGAACGGGAGGGAGGCAUAGCUACACAUUCACCAAAGGCCCCCUGCACACCGUGUCCUUGACCGUGUGGCCUGUGCACACAUGCACACUGCCCCCUCCUGAAUCUCCCCUGGGCUUCUGCCCUGGCCUGCUCCACACAUGUCUUUGGCCUAAGGGCUUCUCUCUCAGGAUCUCUGAUUUUACUGCCCCCAACCCUGGACCUCAGCCACGCUGGGCGCUGGGGCUAGGGUGCACACGGGGCCUGCUCACCUUGCCCACACAUCUCUCUAGCCAGCCAGGGCUCUGCCCAGCUUCCAUACACAGACCUGGCUCUCUACAUUCUCCUGCUCCCCAUAGUUGGACGCAGACCUGCACAGGGUCCUGCACCCGGAGUGUCACAUGUGCAUUGCAGCAGCAUCAGACCAAGUGUGUUGCCCAUGGGCUGGGAUCAGGAACCAACUUCCUUCUCCGAAAGGGAAGGCUAAGGCUUGAGGCUGAUGGGAAAGGCCUUUUACAAAUGGCGCCAAUAAAACUGCCCUGGAUUGGGGCUUAGGGUGGGCA